UCGCUCUGGCUUGGGUGUCGAAUUGUUGCUGAAUCUACGUUUCCAAACAUCAGCAUGGCGAAAGGUUCUCGCCCAGAUGAUGAGGAGUCGCUCUCGGAUGAUCAGCCCUUCUUACGAGAUAAAGAAGUCGUUUCGAAGCAGGGGAAAAGACGCUCAUUUACCUGUUGCACUCUAUAUUCUUUCCUCUUUCACAGCGUCUUUUCUCUCACCUACUGUGUUCUCUUAUACAUCUUGAUUGGUCCAAAGAUAGAACCAAGAGCAACGGCGCUACAUCCUAUCAAUGCCUUGAAUAUACAACAUGUUGCGUGGUCGUACGAUGAUUUCGAACAGUCGCCGUACUCCGGAAAACCUAGGGCAUCGCUUGAAAAGGAGUGGCAUCGUCUUCUCGAGGGAACAACCAUUCGUGUGUCUGAGGAAGAGUUACGUGCAAGCAAUCAAUCUUCUGUAGCUCUCCCAGAGGGCGGAGGCUAUAUGGCGUGGUUAGGGGUCUAUCACGAGCUCCAUUGCAUUAAAAUGAUUCGUCAAUGGAUCUACCGAGAUCAUUAUCAUACAGAUCUGCCUGAGAAAGAUGUCCCACAUUGGUCCAUCCAUGCAGAUCAUUGUCUGGACUUGCUGCGAAGCGCAGCCAUGUGCCACGGAGAUACGACAUUGACAACGUUCGGAUGGGCAGAGCAAACAAAACCAAUGCUGAAUACUCGGCCUAUUGAUCACGAAUGUGUGGAUUGGGAAAAGUUGACAGAAUCAGUCAAAGACCGGGUGGUGGAUCGUAAGGAAAUGGCCUCACUUGUGAACCCAAAUCUUGUAUGA